GACGAUAAGGGGCCAAUAUGGGAGUUGUUGAAAUGGCACAUGACGUCAGUUGUAGUACGCAGCCGCAGCGGAAAAAGUGACAAUGGUCCUGAUCAAGGAAUACCGUGUGGUCUUACCCUGUACUGUGGAGGAGUAUCAAGUGGGCCAGUUGUACUCUGUAGCAGUGGCCAGUAAGAAUGAGACAGGUGGAGGAGAGGGCAUUGAGGUCCUCAAGAAUGAACCCUAUGAGAAGGAUGGCGAGAAAGGACAGUACACACACAAAAUCUACCAUCUGAAGAGUAAAGUCCCUGCGUUUGUCAAGAUGAUUGCUCCUGAGGGCUCUCUGGUCUUCCAUGAAAAGGCCUGGAACGCUUACCCUUACUGCCGAACCAUUGUAACGAAUGAGUAUAUGAAAGAUGACUUCAUCAUUAAGAUUGAGACAUGGCACAAACCUGACCUUGGCACAUUAGAAAACGUGCACAAGCUGGACACGCCCAUAUGGAAGAGCGUGGAGGUGGUGCCCAUUGACAUUGCAGAUGGAGAACAAGUGGCCCCUGCUGACUACAAGGCAGAGGAGGAUCCUGCUCUGUUCAAGUCAGCUAAGACUGGUAGAGGGCCCCUGGGACCUAAUUGGAAGAAAGAGCUGGUUAGUAAGGCUGACUGCCCGAAGAUGUGUGCCUACAAACUGGUCACGGUCAAGUUCAAGUGGUGGGGCCUGCAGAACAAGGUGGAGAGCUUUAUUCACAAGCAAGAGAAGCGUAUCUUCACUAACUUCCAUCGCCAGCUGUUCUGUUGGAUCGACAAGUGGGUGGAGCUGACUAUGGAAGACAUCAGGCGGAUGGAGGCGGAGACACAAAAGGAGCUGGAGGAGAUGCGUAGAAAGGGCUCUGUGCGAGGCACGAAGGCUUCAGACGAGUAGCUGCUCCAGGUGUAGGUCUGAGGGAGACUGUCUUCGCAAACACGGUAAUGUACGGGGAACCAGUGCUGCCGAUGCUGAAUGAGACUGAGGGUUUUGAACAACGACAGCGAUGAAGAGUGUAGGUGGUGAUGAUGAAGAAUGCGAAGCGGGCUCCCUGCGUUCCACCUUUACCUUACUGAUUCAGGAUGUGGAGGAUGAGGGCUCUGCUCCGCUUGAUCAAUAGACCAGCACCCUGACCUGCCGGCACCCAAUCAUAGACAUUCUAUCCACAGAAUAAUUAAUUUGUUGAAAGUGACACGAUCCUAGCUGAUAAGGCUCCAGUUCAUUUUGAUCUCCUAGGCUAAUAACGAUAUCAAGCGAGAAUGUCCUCUGUAAAGCCAGCUACCACCUCCAUGUUGUUGAAAGACUAGUCCCUAUAUCUUCUCUUGAUAGAUGCUUAGAGGCCUGCUUGGUUGUUGAUAUAGAGAUGAAUAUUUUUUAAGCAUUUAAUUGGCCUGAUUGCAUUAUGGCAGGUGUUGGUCUAAGUAGUUUGCUAUUCUAGUCAAAGAGGAUCGUUCCUCUGUGGCCUUUUGCCUUUGCCAGUUUUAGUUUUCCUUUGUAUUUGUGAAUAUUUUCUCCAGAUCAUUCCUUUCAAGACAAUGUCCUUUCUCUCCUCAGUCCUCUUCUAGCUGUUCAUAACUUUGUGGUUUUCCGUUAGCUGGCGAGAGAGAGCCUGUCAGUUUUUGUUUUUUUCUCCAUUUACAUGUCCCUUCCUGCCAUGGCAUUCAUUAAGAGAUUACUGACACCCUUGGCGCCUGUGCCUAUCCUAAUCUCUCCCCCUCUCUCUGCACUGCUUCUUAUUAACGCCGACAAUCUUGUCCACACAGGUAUUUCACUCUCACUCCAAUGCAAAUGAACACAAACACACACCUGUACAAACACGCACAUUUAAACACAAGCACGCACACACUCUCACAGGUGUGAAUGCCUUUGCGGUGACUGAUCUGGCCCAAGCUCACACUGGGCAGAUCCGUGCAGGCUCCUUCAACUGAAGGGAAGUGUCUGUUUUUGGAGUGUUGGUUGCACUCACUGUUUUUCCCACACUCCCCAUACUCACUCCGCUCCUCCCUAGCGGAUGCCCCCAGAGAGAAACCGCACUGAAAAACAGUCAUAGAUGGUGCUACACACCUCCAGUCUCUGUCACGCCCUGCUCACACCGCCCUGCUCCCCACCACACCACCACAACAGUAGCCUGCCUGCCUUAUUCCUGUGGUUCUUUGGGAUGGAAUUCUACUGCUUGUUGUAUCCUGCUGAGCAUGGGCAGCAGGUAAACAGACACCCAGCACCACCCUAACCCACACCAGACCACCAGCCCGCCUAGGCCACCACCCUGGCCCAUACCAGGCCUCUCCUGGGCCUGUUUACAGAGCGAGCAGCUAUUCACUCUACUCAACCCUACUCACUCAGCACCACGCUGUGCCUUACUACACCACCAUGCCUUUCCUUUUGGCUCCACACUGGCACCAGUUGGUCAUUUAGGCUUUACUAUUAGGACACUGAUCAGCAGGGUAUUCAUCCAUUGUAGCGAGGGGGUUAGAUUAGGCUUGAUCGGUUUGCAAUGACUUUAUGACCUCUAUUUUAACCGAACCUCACUAUGUUCUCAAGGUCCUUUUAUAUAUGGCACUAAUGUACUGUAUGUUUGUUCUGUUGGGCUGUGGUGGGGUGAUUAUUCCCUUCAGUGAUACUGUACUGAUGUAGACAUGACUCCCCAGCAGCAAGCCAGUCAGACAGUGCCAUGCUAAAGCCUGAAUGCUGCUCUGUGUGUUUAAGCACGUAAGUGCCUUCAUGUUAGUGUGUGCAUGUCGGCGUGCUUCUGGGACAAUAAACAAUCAUGUGUAUCUUAGCUCGUCAUUCAACCUCAGCCGUUCAGCCUCUUUUUAUAAACAGACGUGCUUGCUGCCAAGUCCGAUGAAAUAUUUUUUAUGAAGAGCUCAGUAUUGAUAGUAUAUUUUUAUAUUAUGUAAGCCUCACAGGGGGAUUGUGAGAACCUUCUCAGUUAUGGGUUUAGUGCUCACCCAAAGAUUAUGAAUGGAUCUGGGUGAUGUCAUUUGUUUACAUGGGUUGUUCCACCCUAGCUCAACCCCACACUUCCGAGGGGCAAUACUAACUCACCAGCGGAUAGACAACUAAGAUGGCUGAACUCUCCUGCACCCCGUAACUGAGAGGAUAUAUCAUGAGUACCCAUGUCGGUGUCAGUCACUGACAGGACAUGAAAAGGCCAUAAUGGGACUUAUAAAGUCCAGAUUUCCCAUCAGUUACUAUUUGCAUUCAAAGAAAGUCUGUAAGAGAGGAGUGUUGAAUAUGAUUCAUGCCUUAAGGUCUGUCUACAGCCUCUUGCUUGUAUUGAGUAGUACGCUUAUGGUAACUUAUGAUGCAACCCAGCUUGUGUAUCAGAGGACAAUGGUUUACGACCUGUACUGUAGAGACAAUGAUAUGGGGAAAGGACAGAGUGGAGAUGGUCUUUACAAGAAAAACUGUACAGUAUGAUCAUGAUUUAUUAAAUCUACUGUUACAUUUCUAGAAGAAUUUAAAAAAUGCUUUUAAAUGUUUCUGAUCUGUUGAAAUUCAGGGGACAUGGUAGUGAAUGUAUGACAUUUUCUUUAGCCUUUUCUGUCUGUCGAUUUUUCUGCCACAGAAAGUCUACACAAUGUAUCGAAAUACCUAAUAAAUUUCAACACAAAAUGGA